GGCAUAAACAUAUAAUCAGAAUCAACCCGUUACAACAAGAAUUAUAAUAAUAAUUUAUAUAACUCUGUAUAACAAUAACAAACAACACGCUGAAAUUGCGAAGCACCACGAACAAUAUCUUGGCAUAAUCUCUUCGUUCAUGGAUGCAUAUUAUUAUUCCAGCUGCAAAAAUCAAUCAAAUUGAAGCAGAAGAAGAAGAUGAAUCGGAGAUCUGAAGGCGGAGGAAGCUGCAUUGCUAUAGGUACAACUCCUUCAACUUCUAGAUUCUUCCACGCUUCUGCUUCUGCUUCUUCAGAUCCUGCAACUUCUGGUGGUCCUACGUGGAUCAGGAAGGGCCUACCUUGUGUGUGUUUCAAAAAGAAGGGAAAUUAUGCACGGAUAUGUGUGAAUGAGGAGAGACUAAGAAGGCUGAAAAACCGGACAAAAGUUUAUUUUGAUCCUACCCGGCUUGAACAUCAGGAGGCUUUGAGGGUUUUAUGGUCAUCCACGUUCCCGGAUCAAGAGCUAGAUGGCUUGAUAUCAGAUCAAUGGAAAAAAAUGGGUUGGCAGGGGAAAGACCCAUCAACAGAUUUUAGGGGAGCUGGAUUCAUCUCCUUGGAGAAUUUGCUGUUUUUCGCCAAGACAUUUUCUAUUUCCUUCCAACAUUUAAUAAAGAAACAAGGGGCUAAGGGACCUGCAUGGGAAUAUCCAUUUGCUGUAGCGGGUUUAAACAUUACAUUUAUGCUCAUGAAAAUGCUUGAUCUAGAUGCUAAUAAACCUAGGACACUCGUGAGUGCUGUUUUUGUACAUAUGUUGUCAGAGAACGAGUGGGCGUUUGAUCUACUUUAUUCUGUUGCAUUCGUCAUUAUGGACAAAAAAUGGGUCGAUAAAAACGCAAGCUACAUGGAGUUUAAUGAUGUAUUAAAAUCAACCCGGGCCCAGCUGGAAGAAGAGCUUCUUCUGGAUGAUGUUUUCAAGAUUGAAGAUAUGCCAUCUUAUCGUCUUCUUCAUUAACCAUAGCCAUGUAAAUCAAGAUAUUAUUCCACAAUUCACAAUUAUUUCCACACAGGGUAGACCAACAUUGAUUCCUCGGGAUCAUAUUAAAAGUAGCGGGUUGAAUUGUUGAACCCGAGCCCGCCCUGUAUAUUUAUUCGAGUCAAAGAUGUCAACCCUAGCCCGGACACUUAAUACAUUUAACCCGAACACGACCCAUUUAAGCAAGUUGUAAAUGGGUUGGCGGGAUGUAGUCAAGUUGUAAAUGUGUCAUCAAAAGGUUGGUGGCUUGUAAUAUAUAGGUUAAAUGGGUCGUACACUUGUUGGUGGGUCGACAUGUUUAAUUAAACGGGUUAAAACGUCAA